CCGGCUGCGCUGCAGUCACUACAGAAACCUGGAGAAACGAGCCCCGACGGCUGUCUCCAUUCCGGCAUGGAUAUGGGAAUUAUACCAUUGUUCCGGAACCGAGCCCGUGCUGUACACUACCACGGAACAGUACACUUCGUGGUACUGACUUUAAAAAUCAGCCGGUGGAAAUCCUACUACCAUUAAAGACUCGUACACUAUUAAUUGUGAUACGGACUUCCUCUCGAUGCGGAAAGAUGUACCACCUAUUAAAUAGAAAAGGUUUUAGUUCACCUCAAAGAAUGGGCUUCUAUUGAGCCGCAUCAUUUAUUUUGAAAAAAAUGUAUGGGAAAGUACCAUUUUUUUCAUCUGACAUGUUACUCACGCUGCUGUUCACCCUCGUCAGUAACUUCUCUGCCCUGGCUCUGACUCCCAGCACUGCAACGGAGCCACUGUCCACCCGCCAGUACUACCACACAGACCCCAGUACGGGUGCCCAGCUAGCUUGUGACAAGUGCCCUGCAGGCACCUACGUCUCCAAACACUGCACCCAAUACGCCGUGCGUGAGUGCAGUCGCUGCCAAGAUGGCACUUACACGCGUGGUGCAAACGGUGCCCGCCAGUGCCACCGCUGCCGGAGCCACUGUAAGGCGCCCUUUGAGGAGAGGGCCCCCUGCACCGUGACGUCCGACCGCGUGUGUUCCUGCCCGCCAGGCACAUUUGGCGACAGGGGCGACUGCCGGCCAGACACACAGUGUGGGAAGGGCUGGGGCGUGAGGAAGAAGGGAAGCGAGACGGAGGAUGUCAAGUGCAGGCCGUGUUCGCCUGGGACCUACUCUGACAUGCCCUCCAGCGUGCUGAAGUGCAGGACUCACACCAACUGCACAGCACAGGGCCUGGUGGUGCUGGUCGAGGGCUCCAGGGAGUCAGACAACACCUGUGGGCCCCUGCCCGCUAACGAACCCUCAGCCACCCUAGAUCCAGCUUGGCCGACAUCUGCUGAGGCCAUCUUGGCUGUUUUGGUGCACAAAGACACCUUCGACAUGACAGGUGUUCACGACUCGCAUGUACCGCCAUCGCAGUCAGGCAGCGGAGAAAAGCCGGAGAGCUUCGCAAUUAGAGAUAUGGCUGCGGAAGCCCUACACUACGACGCGUCGACCACAGAAUCUCCAGGGAGCCACUUUAAACCACCCCUCGACCUCCAAGACCACCAGCCAGCCAACAAGCGUGCCAUGGACUCUCAGGUGCAGGUAGAUAACAAUGUACUGAGCCCCGGGUCCUGGCCUCCCCGGCGUGGGUCUCCUCGGGGUCAUGCUAACCAGCAUUUCGACAUCAACGAGCACCUGCCCUGGAUGGUGGUGUUGCUCCUGCUGCUGGUGCUGGUGGUCAUCGUGGUCUGCAGCGUGAAGAGGAGCUCACGCAUGCUGAAGAAGGGCCCACGCCAGGACCCCAGCAGCAUCAUGGAGAAGGCAGCCCAGAAGAAGCCUGCUGCCCCCACACAGGUGAAGGAGAAGUGGAUCUACUACUCCAGUGCCCAGGGCGUGGAUAUCCUGAAACUGGUUUCCACCCAAAUUGGCAGUCAGUGGGUGGACCUGUAUCGGACCUUGGCCAAUGCCACUGAGCGGGAGGUGGCGGCCUUUUCCAACGGCUACGCGGCCGACCACGAGCGGGCGUACGCCGCACUGCAGCACUGGAUCAUCCGCGACAGUGACGCCAACCUAGCUAAACUCAUCAAUGGCCUGCACCGGCACCGGCGCAUCGACGUGGUGGAGAAGAUCCGUUGCGUGAUGGAAGACAAUCCUCAGUUUGAGCUGAACCAGCCAAUGACCUCUGCGAACAUAACACAUUGCAUUAGCCCCUCCCACAAGGCUCCAGAAUGCCCCGGCGUAGUGGGGGAGCAGUCCCCAGUGGACCGGGGAAAGGGCUUUUUUGCCGACGAGUCCGAGCCGCUGCUGCGCUGUGACUCCACCUCCAGCAAGGACUCUGCCCUCAGCAGGACCGGCUCUUUCAUAACCAAAGAGAAGAAGGACACGGUGCUGCGGCAGGUCCGGCUGGACCCAUGCGACCUGCAGCCCAUCUUUGAUGACAUGCUGCACAUCCUCAACCCGGAGGAGCUGCACGUGAUCGAGGAGAUCCCCAUGGCCGAGGACAAGCUGGAUCGGCUGUUUGAGAUCGCUGGUGUGAAGAGCCAGGAGGCCAGCCAGACACUCCUGGACUCUGUCUACGGACACCUGCCAGACCUCCUGUAGCCGUGGAGACCGAGGAAUUUGCUUUUCCCAUCAUGCCCCCAGUUCCUCCUGACCCCAACGCCCCAAAUCGACCGGGCAGUGUUUCCUCGGGGACCCAUAGAUGGUGCAUGUUUUUGCUCCCUCUGAGCUGCUACCAGGAACUCAGAGGGAGCAAAAAUGUGGACUGUUUGCAUGUCCUUUCGGACCGGGCGGGGAAACACUGCAAUUAAGCCGCUGCUUUCUCUCAUGCUGGUCUGAAUGUGAUCCCCGUUCUUAUCGCCUCGCUGCCACAUUCUUGGGAUAAAGCUGUGGAGAAUCCUCCAAAAAGACACACACGCACACACUAUAAUGCAUUAUUUUUAUAAUACACAAUACAUCUUAAAUUGUCGCCUUCUGAUAAAUGCUCUUCAGUGACCUACUUGUUUUAAAUGCUGUUUACUAACAUGUCAGAUUUGUUUUUUUUACAAGUCUCCAAGCCUAUUAUUAUUAUUAUUAUUACUGUAUGUGUCGUUUUUACAGUAGUUAAAGAAUGUUAUAUGACAUUUAAGAUGUUAAACGACUUUGGGCAUUUAAAUAACUCCCAUUGCUUGGUAUAAUAAGUUUGCAUUCUGCAUAUUUAUACUUGAAUUUUACAGACACACUAUCAGAAAAUGGAAAUUCCUCAAAUAAGAAAAUGCGUGUGUAAGACAGACAGUUACUCAUAUUUCCUCUUCAGCACCAAAAACACAAUAUAAGGGCAGUUUUGUUAGACGUGCACUGAAGUGAAAGCAGCGGGAAUCGGUGUCUUUCUGCCAUGCCAGUCAUAUCGAGCUAUUUUGGUGCUAGACUUGAAAUACUGCAGACGUAGUGAGUUCCACAUUGGUCAGUGUUCUUAUUCUGACCUAUGGGUAGCACCUGAGUUUUUGCAAUUAUUCCAUGAGUAACCUUUGACCUUAUCUUCCCACUUACUAUGAAGCUAAAGGGAAGCAAAGCUUGUGUUUGAACAGUAUACUCUGUAGGAUGGUUUAAUACUUAUUGUAACUGAUAAGUUUACUAUAAUUGUAUCAUGUUAGAUCCUCAAAUUAAAGUUCAAAUUUUUGCCAUAA